AUGUCGUCGAGGAACAACCACGUCGGGGACACGACCGCCCAGUCCUACGAUGAUGCCGAGAAGGGUAUCUACGAAGCCUCCCAACAAUCUUUACCGGUCCUCCCUACCCCACCAUCACCAGUUUACUCUGUUGAUGAGAAGGCUAUAAUCCAGCAGGUCGAGACAGUCCAGCCAACACCGGUAACAUCUCCCAUUCAUGAGGGUAUCACACCAUCCUCCUCCACACCAGUCCUCACUCUUGCCUCGCGCAACUUACCGCCCUCUCCCGCCAGCGAUGAUCUCAAGAAGCCACAAGGCAAGCCACCAGCGAAGCCAAAGAGAAAAGUCAGCCGAUGGAUUCUGUUUCAACUGUGGUACAACACCUACCGCAAGUUCUUCACCAUUGUGGUGACUCUUAACCUGAUCGGUAUCUUGAUGGCUGCUAUCGGGAAGUUCGAAUACGCCACAAACCACCUAGGCGCGUUGGUGUUGGGUAACUUGUUGAUGGCCAUCCUGAUGAGAAAUGAACUGUUCCUCAGGUUCCUGUACAUCAUCUCUAUUUACGGGCUCAGGAGUUGGGCCCCUAUUUGGCUCAAGCUCGCUGUAACUUCGAUCUUGCAGCACGUUGGUGGCAUUCACUCCGGAUGUGCCCUGUCUGGAGCAUGCUGGCUGCUCUACAAGAUCGUCGACAUCCUCAUUCACCAUGCCAAGCAACACCCUUCCGUGAUCGCCACUGGUAUCAUCACCAAUGUGCUGGUUGUGAUCAGUAUCUUGAGCGCGUUUCCUUGGGUCAGGAACAACCACCACAACGUGUUCGAGGGACAUCAUAGGUUGAUUGGUUGGAUGGGUUUGGCAACUACCUGGAUCUUUGUCGUCCUCGGCAAUGCCUACGACUUGAAGCUUGGAGAGUGGAGGCUGGAUGCGCACUCUUUGAUCUCCACACAGGAGCUUUGGUUUGCGGUCUUUAUGACAGUCUUUGUUCUCAUCCCAUGGGUCACCCUUCGCGAAGUUCCGGUCGAGGUCGAGAUUCCAUCACCAAAGGUGGCCAUUCUCAAGUUCCAGCGCGGUAUGCAGCAGGGUCUCUUGGCUAGAAUCAGCAGGACGUCCAUCAUGGAGUACCAUGCUUUUGGUAUCAUUAGUGAGGGGAGAAAGAGCGGGUGUCAUUAUCUCAUCUGCGGCGUUCAGGGCGACUUCACCAAGUCCCUUGUUGACAACCCGCCCAAGACAGUGUGGACCCGUGAACUCAAGUUUGCUGGUGUUGGACACGCCUCGGCCAUGUUCAAGCGCGGCAUCAGAGUUUGCACCGGUACUGGCAUUGGCGCCGCUCUCUCGACAUGCAUCCAAAGCCCCAACUGGUUCCUCAUCUGGAUUGGCUCGGAUCAGGAGAAGACCUUCGGUCCAACAAUCUCACGGUUGAUCCACGACAACAUCGAGCCGGAGAGGAUGAUCUUGUGGGACACCAAGAAGAGGGGAGGCAGGCCAGACAGCGUGCAGCUGCUGAAGGAUGUGUGGCACAGCUUUGGGGCUGAGGUUAUCUUCAUCACCUCGAACAAGGCGGGUAACGAUGAGAUGAUGCAAGGGUGCUUGGAGGCCGGACUCCACGCCUUCGGAACGCUUUGGGAUUUCUAAACGACAAAGGAGAAUAAAAGAACGGUUUAAUUUGGGAGACACAACAAGAAAGGUUUCAUGCAUUGCUAUUGGGGAGUUUUUAUGACAUUUUUUCAUGUGUGGUGAUGGCAGGCUGGCAGCCGCCUGUGGGACGGGGGACUGAUGAGCGAGCAUACCUACCUAUCUAUCCAUGUUUGCAUGUUUGUGUUGGAUGAUACUUGUCUUUUUUCGUUUCAAGUGGGCAUAUAUUACGUCGAAAUCUUUGUACAGAACAAAGUCUAUUUUUUUUCUACUUUGGUUUGUUUCCUCCACGUUGUGGAGUUAGAGUCUUGUGUGGGGAAAAUUGGUAUCAUGUUAUGGACAGUCGCCCGCGUGGCUGGCAUGGUGGAGGAUGAUGAUAAGGGGGAUUUUGGCUUUGUACAUGUGCUUGUAACAUCACAAUCAACUCAUAUGAAC